AUGGCCAUCUUCCUGAACCUCCUGGUCCUCUUCCUCUCCGUCGGCUUCGUGGCACACUCCCCUCCGAAUUACGCCUCCGCUAAAGCUGCCUACGGAAUUUCGGAAGCACCUGUAGUCACGCAGUUGGUCGCGACGUACCCUUUCUACGAGCGCAUCAGCGGCGUGAUGCAAAUUGCAUAUGCGUACGGCGGCGCGACCAUCUUCGCGCAGAUCAUCGCCGAGAUGCGCCGACCCAUGGACUUCCUCAAGGCUUUCGCGUGCGCCCAGCUGCUCAUUUUUUGCCUCUACUUCUUCUAUGGCCUCUACGUCUACACCUUCCAGGGCCAGUUCACCCUGCCCGUCGCGUACCAGGGCGUCAGCCACAAGACGUGGCAGGAUAUCGGCAACAUAAUCUCACUGAUCUCGUCUGUCAUUGCGGGCGGCCUGUACGGCAACAUCGGCCUCAAGGUCAUGUACGUCAACCUCAUCGAGGACACGUUCAACGGGCCCCGGCUGCUGUCUCUCAGGGGCCGCAUCCUGUGGUCCGUCCUGGUCGUCGGUUUUUGGGCGCUGGGUUUCAUCAUCGCCGCGGCUAUCCCCCAAGUGCAGACCCUAUCAAGCAUGAUCGCCGCGGUGGCCAACGUGCAGUUCACGUACUCGUUCCCCACCGGGUUCACCUUCAUCUAUUUGGUCCGCCUACAUGGCGAGACCGGCGCGGACGUCUACGCACGGGACGGGCUUUCUGCGCAUGCUGACACCUGGGCGUCCUGGAGCCGGUGGAAGAGGGGACUCUUCAGCGGGGGGAUGUGGAUGGUGCUAUUCAAGUUUGCCAACCUGCUUGUUUCGCUGGCGGCGCUUGCUACGGCUGGUCUUGGUAUCUACGGCUCCGCACUGUCGAUCAAAGCGGCCUUCCAGACGGCUGCUGCGACGUCGUUCGGCUGCUCUGCACCGGUCUAG